AUGCAAGAUGCCAAGUUCAACGUUCCAGCUGAUGAGAAAGAAGUCUGUCUGAUGGGGGCAAUUUUCAAUAAGCACCCAAAAGUUGCUGAGGUACUCCUCGAUUAUGGUGUUAGCCCUGAUACGUCAGAUCUCGAUGGUAGUGCUGCUUAUAAGGCGUCAAAAGCGGGAUUAACCGAGCUUGUACGAAAGCUAAUCAAAGCCGGAGCCGACAUAAGCGGAGAUACCGCAGAAGGGAGAGGUUUUUUAACGUCUGCUCUUUGUGCGGCAUCUCAAAAUGGCCACUUCGAGAUCGUAGAAGAUCUACUUAAGGCUGGACAUGAUGUCAGAAUGCAGGAUUCUCUUCUAUAUGCUGUCGAAAAUGGCCAUACUGUGAUAGUCGAGCUCCUCAUGGGCUGGGGGGCUUGCGAGGCUGAACCUAUCAACAACCACGUAUUGGAAAUGGCAGCCUUUAGUGGUACAGACCAACUUGUACGACGGUUACUCGAUUCUACGCCAGAUGGCUAUGAUACAAGCAAAGUAAACAAUGCCCUCUUGAAAGCAUGCGAGGCUGGACGUAGUGACAUGAUCCGACUCCUCGUUUCUCGAGGUGCACAGCCAGACCGCCCGAUUGAUUUCAAAUACAGGCAUUAUAAGAAUGACUAUAUGAAACUUGAUUGGAUAGAAGAUAGCAAAAUUCGCCACAAUUGCCUUGUCCUUGCAGCACAAUCGGGAAAUGAGUAUGCUGUGCAGAUGCUUCUUGACAAUGAGUUUGACCUCAGUCAGGUCUUGAAUCUUAAAAAGGAGCUAAAAGUUACUACGUCCAUAUAUGUUGGGAUGGCCUUUGUUAGGGCAUUAUUAGGCUGUCAUCAGAGAGUGAUAACAACUCUUCUUGAUGCCAUGACAAACCACGCCUAUACUGAUGAGAUUGCUAACCUCAGAGCCGCAUCAGAAGAUCAUAAUCAGCAUAUCCUGAGAGGGUUUUCACAUGCAGUAGAUUAUGACAUGAGGAGAGUGUUUCCCGAUUUCUCUUGGGUAGUCGAGAAGCUACAUAAGCUUUUACUCUGGAAGCAUAGGCAUAUGUCCCAGACUUUGUUGAAAGAAGCUGGUGUUGACUUGAAUUUCAGUGAUCCCCUGCGUUUUGCUGUUGUUAACGGGCAUGAGCAAGUCGUUCGGUUACUUUUAGAUGAAGGGGUGGAUGUCAAUUCGAUUGUAGAGGGAUUUGGUGGCCAUCCAAAGUAUCCAUUAUUGCUUGAAGCUUGCUCACAUAAAGUCACAAGCGACUCUAUCGCACACAUGCUUUUGGAUCACGGAGCAGACUACAACAAUUUUGAUUAUCUGGGAGAAACUGCCCUUCACAAAGCUGCUGAGAACGGCAGAGUUACCGUUGUAGAAAGGUUGCUGGGUCUCGGAGAUUUAGCCGACAAGAGGACAAUUUCGGGCCGUACCCCUUUACACGUUGCAUCAAAUACAGAUGUCAUCCGCGCCCUUCUGGCUGCGGGAUCCAAUGUAAAUGCAAUAAAUGACGAUGGCUGGACGCCACUCCAUUAUGCAGCGCAGCGGGGCAAUCCAGAAGGGAUAGAACUUUUAUUACGUUACGGAGCUAAUGCGCAUGCCCGGACCAAAGACGGAAGAACUGCUCUACAUCUGGCUCUGGAGGUACGAAUAAGCUUUGACCGGGAUAUUCUUCGAACUGUCAAUCUUCUGCUUGAUAGUGGGAUCGAUGCAAACGUCAAAGAUUCAAAGGGUUUGACCCCUCUACACACGGCUUGUUUGCCUUAUAAUCCCAAUGUUUUAGGGCAAUCGACCGAGAAGAGAAGUAGCUCUCUGCACGCUUGUUUGUCUUAUGGCGUCAAGAUUGUAGGAAUGUUGAUCGAUAAGGGAGCUGAUGUAAAUGCCCUUGACAAUAAAGGAACGUCGCCUUUCCAAAUGGUAACUCGAAGAAGGGUUUGCCAGGCAACUAUUGAUAUCGUAUCUCUACUGAUAAACCAUGGGGCUAAUGUCAACUCUCAAGAUAACAACGGUUCCACAGCUUUACACCAGGUUGAAGAGUCAAUAGUUCACGCUGAUUUGUUACUUGACCAUGGAGUUAUUAUAGAUGCACGAGAUGGCAAAGGAGAGACUGCACUCCUAAGUUCUUUUGAACGUGGACAUCUCCAUGUAGCAAGGUUUUUGAUAGACAGGGGGGCUGAUAUCAAUACCAGAAAUCAUAAUGGGGAAACAAUGCUUCAUCAGGUGGAUGGUAGAAACAGGGACUUCUGCCCCUUUUUGCUGGAUCGUGAAAUUGAUAUUAACGCUUUGUCGAUCCAAGGCUGGUCACCUCUUGCAUAUUGUUUAUCUUCCAAAUGGUUGCCAAAAAAAGUAUCAAAACUUUUGGUCGAGAAAGGAGGUAAGAACAUCAGAAAUUGGCGAGAAGAGGAAUACAGCCUGGAGGAUUAG